AUCUUUCUCGCAACUGAACAAUUCGCUGAAUCCCGCAUAAAGAAUGAUCAGCAUGCAUUCACAAUACCUAGCAGUGUCUAGGAUAGUGGGAGUGAAAACAGCAGCAAGGCCUAUAGGUUUAUGGACGGCCUCAUCCAGAUUCUGGACUUCAACACUUUAUCAGGGUCGAGCCACACCAAGAUGUUUAUCUACUAUAACACCCACUUCACCAAUCGUUCACGAAUGGACACAACCAAAUAGAAACAUCAUAAAGGGCCGCUGGGAGCCGAUCAUUGGUUUAGAAAUUCAUGCACAGAUUAAGUCAUCCACAAAACUGUUUUCGAAUUCAAAAACUUCCUUCCUCGCAAAUACCAAUACAAAUGUUUCGUUAAUCGACGCCGCCUACCCUGGCACUCUCCCUCAAUUGAGCCAAGAAUGUGUUGAUUUGGCUGUCAAAACAUCCUUAGCACUGGAUGCACAUGUUUAUCCAGUUUCAUCUUUUGACCGAAAGCACUACUUUUAUCCAGAUCUACCUCAAGGGUACCAGAUCACACAACAUUACGAACCAUUGGCGCAGAAUGGAAAAAUAGUUAUUUCACCACUCGAUGGUUUAGAUUACACACUUGUCGUUGGCAUUGAGCAGGUUCAACUCGAACAAGAUACUGGUAAAUCACUUCACGACAUUUACCCAGGCUUGACACUCCUGGACCUUAACAGAGCGGGUGCAGGAUUAAUGGAAAUAGUUACAAAACCUCAUUUACGCUCAUCAAAGGAGGCUGGAAUCCUCAUCAAAAAAUUACAGGCACUUUUGCGCGCAGUAAAUAGUUCUGAUGCGAAUAUGGAUGAGGGAUCGAUGCGAUGCGAUGUGAAUGUUUCUGUUCAUGAAAUAGGGAAGCCAUAUGGCGCGAGAUGUGAAAUCAAAAAUUUGAACAGUAUCAAAUUAGUCAGUGAUGCCAUCGAUGCAGAAAUCAAUCGUCAGAUUUCAUGUUAUGAAUCUAAUUUUCCUGUUUCCCAGGAAACUCGUGGAUUUAAUGCGUCGACGGGCGAGACAUUUAGGAUCCGUAGCAAGGAAUCAGCACCUGACUAUCGGUAUAUGCCUGAGCCUGAUCUACCUCGGCUUGUUCUCAGUCACGAUACAAUACAAGCAUUGAAGGAGAACUUACCAGAAUUACCGGAUGCUCGAAGGGAUAGGAUCAUGCAUCAAUACCAACUUGGAACGAUUGAGGCACGCACUUUGAUGGGUGAGGAUAGAAUGGUCGAGUAUUUUGAAAGUAUUGUUGCUUCAGGACGCAAUACCAAGAGUGUUGUCCGCUGGAUAAUCCAUGAACUUCUGGGGAGACUGCAUACGCGUGACAUCAGCUUCAGUGAUAAUGUUGUUAAAGCCUCACAAUUGGGCUCGCUUGUAGACUGUAUCGAUCAAGGAAUCAUCUCAGCUAAGAUUGGUAAGACGGUUUUGGACCUGAUGGUCGAAGGUGAUUCAAGAGAUGCCCUUGCGAUUGCAGAAGAAAGGGGUUGGAGACAAAUGAGCGGCCGAGAUGAGUUAGAGAAGUUGUGCGAUACUAUCCUUUCAAAAUAUCCCGACAAAGUGAAGGCGAUAAAAAACGGGAAUGCUGGCAUUAUUGGCUUCUUCAUCAGCCAGAUCAUGAAGCAGAGUCAAGGGCGAGCCAACCCUGUAGUUGUAAGUGAAUUAUUGAAAACUAAGAUGGGUGUACUUGAUUUACCCUCAGGUCCUAAAGGACGCGGUAGUAAAGGUGGCACACCGUAAAUAAAU